GCGGGUUCCCCCUGCUGACGUUGAACAGAGCAGUGUCUGUGACGCGGCUCCAGCAGUAGAGCCAGACAGAGGCUGUGCUGUGACGUGUCCGCUUCCUGCAGCCGCCCAGUGCUUGUGCUGCAUAGUAGGAAGCGGGGAGAUGACAGGAGCCAAUCACAGUGCAGGAGGCGGAGCACGACGUGUCUAAACUGUGACGUCACUGAUGCAGCCGGUCGGACUCGAGUUGGAGCUACUCUGCUGUCCAUGUAUUACUAUGAGUGACAUCACUAGGGAAUGCCUUACGCUUCAGCUCUUAGAGAUGGAAAUGCUCUUCUCUAUGUUUCCUAACAAAAAGGAUAUAAUCCUGAAUGAUGUGAAUUCCGUUACCAUCACACAGAAAUAUCUAGAGGGAACUAAUGAACCCUUUCCACCGUCAAUUGAAUUUACAGUUAUUGUUAUAACCGAGGAUCAGAAGGAGAAAGCAGAGAUGAAUGUGUCACUUCCUCACAGUUAUCCCACAAAGAAGCCGCAGUUGUUUGUACGGUCUGCUGGUUUGGACAAGCAGCAACACAACGUACUAAACAAAUGCCUGGCGUCCUAAAUUAGUUCAUUGGAUCGAGGGGAUCUCUGUAUCACAAACGCUGUACAGUGGCUGAGAGAAAACCUAUCUUCAUACAUACAGAGUCCCAAGCACACCAGUGAGCCUGAAUUAGAGGUGAACACAGUGGCUAGUACUUUUCAUCGUAAGUGGAUCUAUAGCCACCAUAUCUACCGCCAGGAGUUACGGAAGAAGAUCUUGGACUGUGCUGGACGACUUCACUUAACUGGCUUCUGCUUGACAGGGAAGCCUGGCGUCAUAUGUGUAGAGGGGUCGAAGGAGCAAUGUGAGGAAUUCUGGCGUGAUAUCCGCUACCCUAACUGGAAGCACAUCUCAUGUAAGCACAGCGAGAGCAAGGAUGUGACUGGUUCCACAGAUGAUCUGCGCCUCUUCUCUUCCUUUGAAGAGCUGACAUUUGCUGCACAUGGAGACUAUGGACUCAGGAACGAUUACCACAUGGACCUAGGGCAGUUUUUUUAAUACCUCCGACAGCAUCAUAGUGAGCACAUCUUUCAGAUUUUAUUUGGUAUUGAGGGGAAAGCAUAAUGUGUCCAACUCUGUGUAUACUUAUUGUAAGGAAAAUAAAGGCAAGAAUUAGAGUGACCUGAAUGCACAGUAGUGGUUUGUGGUAAUCACAUUUUAUUUACCCCAGAUCUCACUCAGAGGGAAUACAACCCUGCCAGCAUGUGGCAAUCAUUUAACAAUCUCUCUACUAAAAGUGGUACUGAAACUAUUUGCUCUUAUUCUAUCCUUGCCAGUCCUGAGAUGUCUCUUAACAUCCAGACACUGGAUAGACGGGGUGUAGUAUGGUAUGCCGGCGGCUGGGCUCCCGGCGACCAGCAUACCGGCGCCGGGAGGCCGACCGCCGGCUUACCGACAGUGUGGCGAGCGCAAAGGACCCCUUGCGGGCUCGCCACCCUGCGGGCACGAUGGCGCGCGUUAUUCUCCCUCCAGGGGGGUCGUGGACCCCCACGAGGGAGAAUAGCUGUCGGGAUCCCGGCGCUGGUAUACUGUGCGCCGGGAUCCCAACAUUCGGCAUACUGAAGACCACCCGAUAGACCUGAUCCGUACAACAACAGCACAAACAUCCUUCUCUAGUUGUUGCACUUGAUGCUGAAAAGCCAUUGGUCUAGAAACCUUAGCCAGUAAUUUACAGGAUCUCCACACUAUAUAAUAGCCCACAGACAAUAGUCACAACUAAUGGAUUUCAUAUUCUUCAAUCACUAUAUCUAGUGGUAUCGACAAUGUUACAUAUUCUUGCCGCUUACUAUGCUUUGAUUAUUAAGCUUCUAGUGAUCAAAAUCUGAUAUACAGUAACAAAGAUAUUAUGGACA